AUGUCAACUACCGGUGACAAUCGUUCUAAAUCCCCAAGUGAGACUGAUACUCAAAACAGAAAGAAGCACCCUUGUGUGCUCUGUCAGCAACGCAAAGUCAAAUGUGACAGAAACGACCCUUGUCAGAAUUGCACGAAAGCUAGGACUGAAUGUAUUCCAGCUUCUGCUUUGCCCCCAAGAAGACGGAAAAAGAGGUUUGCCGAAGCUGAAUUGCUUGCUCGGCUUAGAAAGUACGAGGAACAUCUUAAAGCAUACGGAGCCGAUAUCGAUGCCAUCAACCGGGAAGAUGGGCCCGUGUUAUCCAAACUGCCUCCCGAGAUUAAGCACCAUCACGAUUCUCACUGUUCUCGGCCCGUAGUCGAGAUUGUGAGGCCGCUUUCAUUUAGAAGGUCACUGAAAAAUGUCGAGAACUUCAAGUUUCGAGAUGCAGAGGAACUCCUCCAAGGCUCUUCAGAUGAUGACGAGAUAUUUGAUUCUCCCAUCACCAAAACCUACGAUGCUAUCGGCUCAGACGCAAGUGAUCUUCUGUUUCCUUCCGAAACUACGGGAAGCUCGACCAAUCUUCAUCCAUCGCCUAUGCACAUCUUUAGGCUUUGGCAAAACUUCAUUGACAAUGUCAACCCUCUGCUGAAGAUAUUGCAUGCUCCCACUGUACAACAGCAGAUUCUUGAUGCCACCGCGGAUUUGAGCAAAGUAUCAAAGGGUAUGGAAGUACUCAUGUUUGGAAUCUACGCUUCUGCAAUUAUGUCUAUGACUGAUGCAGAUGUGGUAUCGAUGUUUGGCGAGGAGAAGCAAAAGCUUCUAGCCCAGUACCAAUCGGGUUGUCGACAAGCCCUUCUCCGAGCAGGAUUUCUUCGGUCAUCAGAUAUGACCAUCUUGCAAGGAUUUCUGCUCUACUUGCUUUCUAGUCUCAACUUUUUAAUCGAUCCACGGGCGCUGUUCUGUCUGACAGGAAUAGCUAUUCGCAUUGCCCAGAGAAUGGGCCUCAAUGUCGACGGCACUGCGUAUGGGUUGCUACCAUUUGAAAUUGAAAUGAGACGAAGAUUAUGGUGGCAGCUUCUUCUUCUUGAUACACGUGUUGGAGAACUUUCUGGAUACGGGCCGUCAUUGCACAUGCACAUGUGGACGACGAAAUUGCCGUCAAACGUCAACGACAGCUCUUUAUUCCCAGAUAUGAGAGAACCCCCGCCCGAACAUCCAGGUGCUACAGAGAUGCUAUUUGCCCUUCAGAGGUGCGAAGUUGCCCAAUUCAUCCAUCAAACCCGGCGCUUAUGCGGACCAGUUGAAGUGGACGAUGCUGCAAUCGAUGCCUUUGAAGCUUUGCUUCAGGAAAAGUACUUGAAAUAUUGCGAUCUUCAGGUACCUAUGCAUUACUUUUCAUCGGCAAUGGCCAAGGGUGCAAUUUAUAGACUUCGUAUGGGCACGCACCAUCCAAAUUUAAUGUCUAGCAAGUCAAAGGAGUUGUCAGAACAAGAGUUGGACAAGUUAUUCCACUCAAGUUUGGCAAUGUUAGAAAAUCAUCACAACUUGAUGGGUGCUAAAAGCCUCAGCGGAUUCUUUUGGCAUAUAUACACCAACUUCCCCUUUCCUGCGCACGUCUAUCUCAUCUGUGCCUUGCGUUACCGCACCACUGGAGAACUGGCAGAUCGAGCAUGGAAGCAACUGGAAGCAAGUUUUGAUCGCCGGUCCAAGAGCGAGAUGGCGAAGAGACGGGGAAAUCAAGCAAGUAGUCUCCAUAUGGCCAUGGCAAAUUUGACCGUCAAAUCCUGGGAGGCACGAGAGUCUGCACAUCGUGAGCUUCAACCUAAAACACCGACGCCUAGAUUCAUUCAGCAGUUUAGAGAAAAACUUGCUUCGAGGAAGUCUUCAAACUGUACACCACAGUCAGAUGCCUCACCGCCUGAAAUAGGAACCCAGGUUGGGAAUCAGUUCGAGGAUGCGUAUCAGUGGCUUAAUCAUCAACAGCCGCCAUUUGAAACGCAGAGUUUUGACCAGUCAAACAUAAUAAUGCCUGAUUCUUCGACCAUGGACUGGUCGUUUUGGAACGGUAUCGGGCAGGUUCCGCUACCCGAUUUUGACAAUGCGUUGCCCAACCAAGCUCAGGGAUUUUAUCAAAGUUGA